AUGGCUUGCCCCUGCUGGGUUGGAGAUAUCACUAUCCAAGGUCUGGAGACUGAAAGACCUCGUUUGGUUCGUAGUGUGUCGACCGUUGAGCCACGUUCACCCUUGCCCAGGAGCGUCAGCCGGAUGAACCUCGCUGCGAACGAGAGUCAGAUUCCAAGAGGCCCGAGGAAGAUACGCGACACAGACCCAAAGGGAAUACUGAGACAGCCAACGACCAAAUUCCCAUUCGAAGACAAGCAAUACCUCCGACCACACAUCACGAAAAGAUCGCCCGAUCAUUUGCACGCUGAGAUUGGAGUCGAACCUGGAGUCCCAGCUUCUGAUGUCAUCAAGGUCCACGCUUAUAGACGACGAGGAGUUCCUGUGGAGCAAGAUCGAGAUUUGAGUCUGGUGUUCGACAAAGCUCCGAUCAAGAGAGGAGAUGUAGUUGUUGGAAAGACGUCUGCGGAGUCGAGCCUGGCGCAUGCCGAUGUCAAGGAGAGUGAGGAUAGCAAUGCAUCGAAGAACAAUGCACCCGUGAGAGGAGCCAAGUCGCCAGAAUGGUGA